UACCAAAGUCCGUAUAUAUUUCGGCCAACAGGGCGAAAGUAUACCCAUGUCAUUUGUGCUGGGUUUCUAUGUGAAUAAGGUGGUGCAACGUUGGUGGGAGCAAUAUAGAUUAUUGCCAUGGCCUGACACUUUGGCGUUAUUCAUCAGCGCUGCCAUACCAAACUCCACUGGUGGAGUUAAUAACGAAACCGGACGCCUAAUGCGUCGCAACAUUAUGCGUUAUAUGGUGCUUGCCUACGUGAUCACGUUGCAACGCAUAUCGCUGCGCGUCAAACGUCGCUUCCCCACCACACAACAUCUCGUGGAUGCUGGUCUCAUGCACGAGUCUGAAUCGAAAAUUUUCGAUGCAUUUAAUGCCAAAAGUCCCAUGUCCAAAUACUGGAUGCCAUUGGUGUGGGCCACUAAUAUCAUUAAUCGGGCACGCAAGGACGGCCUGAUAGCAUCCGAUCACAUUGUGCAAACAAUACUGAUGGAAUUGUCGGAUAUACGACGACGUUUGGGUGGUCUAAUUGGCUACGAUACGGUGUGCGUGCCGCUGGUGUAUACGCAGGUUGUGACGUUGGUGUUAUAUACGUAUUUCAUAGCUGCGCUGGUGGGCCGACAAAUGUUGCCAAACAUGCCCGAUGCCAAAGAUCCAGACUUAUACUUCCCGUUCUUUACAGUGUUGCAAUUUGUCUUCUAUGUUGGCUGGCUUAAAGUCGCUGAGGUGUUAAUUAAUCCUUUCGGUGAAGAUGAUGAUGACAUCGAAUUGAAUUGGCUUAUUGAUCGGCACAUAAAGGCCGCCUACAUGAUCGUCGAUGAAAUGCACGAGGAGCACCCAGAAUUGUUGCGCGAUCAAUAUUGGGAAUGCGUGGUGCCAAAGGAGUUGCCAUAUACGGUCGCCUCAGAGCACUACCGCCGCGAAGAGCCCAAAGGUUCAGCAGAGAACUACAAAAUAAAGAAAGAGGAUGCCAUGUAUGCGAAUAUAGUGCCUGGUGGCGCAAAACGGGGGCAAGUCGAUGACGUUUACGCGGAUUAUGAGAGUGUUGAUACACCGAUGGUGGAUCGCCGCAAAAAUAAUUGGCUGGUGCGACAACUUUCACGCAUGGGUUCCAUACGUAGUCAAUCGACCGCCUAUUCAUCGAGUGGCAUGGCAUUCAAUCGUAAUCGCCUUAAUUCCGUUUACUCAAGUCCCGAGUCUGGCAUGCCGGUCAACAUAUUACAACAACAAUCGAUGCAGCAACAAACGAUGCAGCAACAGCAUGGUGUACAAGCCACGCAAAUGCAAUCGAAACCAAGUUUCUAUGGAAAAUUUGUUAAUCGUAAAUCGCAACGCGCGCAAAAGCAACUGAUUAAGCAAAAUUCCAAGCUAAACGGCCUCAAUGCGAGCAUUCCCAAAGCACGUCCACGCAUUCCCACACCCGAUGUUACCAAAGAGUCUGGUGAAAAAGAUUUGAAUGCCACGAAAACUGUCAUUAUGACAUCACAGUUGAGCACCCCAACCUCCAUGUAUCCGUACACGAGCACGAACAAUCAGGAUGGACCCGUUUUGGGCACACUCUUGUUAUCGCCCAUUAAAGAAAUGGAUAGCUCAUCUUCGAAUAACACUCUGAUUCCAGGGCAUCCGACGACAACGGCGCUGGCACAAGCCGUACUGCCGGCCAAUCUGAAGGAUGUGAACUUUGGUGUUGUCUCACCGCCAGUUACCACUAACAUCACUACACUUUCCUUCCCAUUCACGGUGACCACCAGUUCCGCGGAUACAAUACCCGCUGGCACAUUAAAUAUUUUGCCUUUGGGUGGUACACAAUUGCCGACCAUAACCACCAGCGCCGCCGGCAGUGGUUUUGAUGCCAACGAUCUCAUUACUAAAAUUCCUGUCUCAUUGGCAAUACAGCACUCCUCUUCGAUGCGUUCCAUCAACGACUUUAGCGGCAAUGAAAAUGUGGAUGUGCCGCACAGUUACAAUGACAACACUGGAUCUGCGGGCAAUGGUGGUAGUGCUGGCGGCGGUGGUGGCUUGGUAGCCACAACAAAUAAUGCCAUGCUCACCCUCAAGCCAUUGAAUAGUGGUGCCAAUAUUUCGCGCAAUAACAGCUUUAGUGCCAAUUUAAACAUAAAUCUGCAGGAUUCCUAUAUACUGGAGCGUAAUUCAUCGGUGCGUUCAGCGGCUGAGCCGACGAGCAAUGGCGCCGCCGAAGGCACAGCAUCAGCGCGCCAAACACACGGGGAGGGCGCUUUGACAAAACGCACACCCGAGCCUGCCAAGGGCACUAAGGAGGUGUAUGUGUAGAGCCGUUAAUUAUCGAAUAAUCGAAAGGAAGGCAGGGCUCUACUACAUAUGUAGGCAAUGAAGAGUGGCACUUUAGAAGUCGAUUUAAUUUAAUUAUUGUUAAGGGAUUCACAAGGUGUCAUAAUGAGUCCAUAUGCCAUAGAUUAGGUUAGAGUUGCGGCAAAAAAUUUAAAAACUAUGCUAAAAUGAAUCAAAUUUUUGUUGAUGGCAGAGUCAACCUUAGUAUAUAUUUGGGGGUUUUUGAGACAGAUCUUGCAGUUAAGAAAAUUCAUAUACUCCACAGCGUUUUCUCUGUAUAUAUUUACGAUUCGGGGUGAGGUCCGGCUCUCAUUUCCGGGGUUGAGAUGACCGGUUUCCAAACUAAAUCUACUUUGAACUCACACUAACUACAUUUAAAGUAAUUUCACGUUUCUUAACCAGAGUCCACUUUGUUGUAAAAGGUGUGACCACCCGCACUUUUAAGGAUAUUGCGGUCCGAGACGACGGUGGCGUAAACUAUUUUGCCUAAAGCAGCCUUGAGCGAUUGCAAAUACUUUUGCCUGUUAAUUGCACUUGCAAAGUAAGGAACAUGGAUUUAGCUUCUUAAUCACAGGUUUUCUGAACAAACACCUGCUUCAAAUCCAUAAAUGUGAUAUAUCCCGUCGGAGGUACAUAUCUACCUUCCCAUCUCAGUCGGCUCUCGGUGAGCUAAGGAGCAAUUAUUAUGCUAUGCGCGAUGGCUUUUUCUGUUCCUAAGUAAGUGACUUGCAGCCUACACUGAAGCGGUGUACGUUAUGUCUGGGUGUAAAGGAAUAGGUUUGAGGGCAUUCGUAGGGAACUUCUCAUUGCCCUGUAGGACGGACACAGCUACAUGUAUCUGAAUGUGCUGAAGCCUACCUACUUUAACAUGACCAGUGGUUUCAUAAGUGUCGUCCGGCAGACCAGGUAACCCAUAGAUCGAACGUUAGUACAACUGCCGGUUACUAUUAUAUUGUAUGUCAUAAAUUUGUUACCUAUCCCAGUACACCAGUUUUAGUGAUGAACAGUCAGAGUUAAUCAGGAAGA